AUGUGGGAUGUUUGGUUUUACUUGUACCCCAGUUUGAUAAAGGAUACAGGACCAGAUCUGAGCUCCGUCUCUAUGAAGAGGAACCGGUCAGUGGAUCCUCUGACUUACUGUAAGAAUAAAGACUGUUUUACUGAUCCAAGACCAAAAAAGAAGAAAUUAAAUGUUACUUACAGAGAUCAGCUGGAAUCUAUAUUCAAGGAACUGGAGCUCAAAGUCAUCAACAUGUUAAAGAAUGAAUUAAACACGUUCAAAAAGCUCCUGAAUGAAGAUUACCCAGCAUGCUCUGAUCAGGAGGUGAAGAAUGUGGAAGAUCUGAGUAGUUUCAGAGAGGGGGCGCUAAAGAUCACACUGAAUGUUCUGAAGAUUAUGAACCAGACAGACCUCGCUAAUGCCCUACAGAGUAAACUUUUAGUCCCUGUAAAUCAGAAAAAACUCAAAUCCAACCUGACAGAGAAAUGUAAAAAAAUGAGGGGAGGAAUCUCUCAGCAUGGAAGCUCAGCACUUCUGAAUGAGAUCUUCACAGAGCUCUACAUCACAGAGGGUUGGAGUGGAGACAUCAAUAAUGAACAUGAGGUCAGACAGAUUGAAGCAGCAUCCAGGAGACCAGCAGUACAGGAGAUUCCCAUCAAAUGCAAUGACCUCUUUAAAAACAUGUCCAUCAGAACUGUGCUGACUAAAGGAAUCGCUGGAAUUGGAAAAACAGUCUCAGUGCAGAAGUUCAUUAUGGACUGGGCUAAAGGAAAAGAAAAUCAAGACGUCAUCUUCAUAUUUCCACUUCCUUUUAGAGAGCUGAACUUGAUGAAGCAGGAAAAUCUCAGUUUGAUGGAACUUUUUCAUCAGUUUUUCCCAGAAAUAAAAGACCUAUCAUCAUUAGACUGUGAUGCUUAUAAAGUUUUGUUCAUCUUUGAUGGUCUGGAUGAGUGUCGACUUCCUCUAGAUUUUCAAAAUAAUGAGCGAUUGUGUAACAUAACAAAGUCAGUAAAAAUGGAUGUGCUGCUGACAAACCUCAUCAAGGGGAACUUGCUUCCCUCUGCUCACCUCUGGAUCACCACUCGACCAGGAGCAGCCAAUCAGAUCCCUCCUGAGUGUGUAGACCAGGUAACAGAGGUACGAGGGUUCAGUGACCCUCAGAAAGAGGAGUACUUCAGGAAGAGGAUCAGUGAUGAGAAUCUGACUAGUAAAAUCAUCACUCACAUAAAGUCAUCAAGAAGCCUCUACAUCAUGUGUCACAUUCCAGUUUUCUGCUGGAUCUCAGCCUCUGUUCUAGAGAGAAUUCUGGAUGGAGCCGAGGGAAAAGGGAUCCCCAAAACUCUGACUCAGAUGUUCACUUACUUUCUGAUCUUUCAGAUAAAACACAAGGAACAAAAGUAUCAUGGGAAAUCUGACCCUGAUCCACACCAAACCAGAGAGUCGAUACUGGCACUGGGAAAACUGGCCUUUCAACAGCUGGAGAAAGGAAACCUGAUCUUCUAUGAGGAAGACCUGACAGAGUGUGGCAUUGAUGUCAAAAACACAUCAGUGUACUCAGGAGUCUGCACCCAAAUCUUCAAAAAAGAGUCUGGACUGCACCUGGGUCAGGUCUUCAGCUUUGUGCACCUGAGUGUUCAGGAGUUCCUGGCUGCUUUAUAUGUAUUUCUCACCUUCAUCAACAAAAACAGAAAUGUGCUGGUGGUGCAAAACACUGUAUUCUUUGGAAACACUUUGUCUGACUUUCUGAAGAGUGCAGUGGACAAGGCCUUACAGAGUAAGAAUGGACACCUGGAUCUUUUCCUCCGCUUCCUUUUGGGUCUCUUGCUGGAGUCCAAUCAGACUCUCUUACGAGGCCUACUGCCACAAACAGAAAGUGGCUCUUACAACAAAGAGGAAACAGUCAAGUACAUCAAGAAAAAGAUUAGUGAGAAUCCCUCUCCAGAGAAAUCCAUCAAUCUGUUCCACUGUCUGAAUGAACUGAACGAUGAUUCUCUAGUGCAGGAGGUCCAAAAAUACCUGAACAGAAAAGGUUGUGUUUGUCACGAUGAACUUCGUCUGUCUCCUGCUCAGUGGUCGGCUCUGGUGUUUGUGUUGCUGAACUCAGAUCAGGAGCUGAAUGAGUUUGAUUUAAGUAAAUAUUAUCCAUCACAUGAAGGUCUUCUGAAGAUGCUGCCAUUGGUGAAAGAAUCGAGACAAGCUGAGUUGGUUGGUUGUAACCUAACAGAGAAAAGUUGUGAAGUUCUGUCCUCAGUUCUCAGUUUAAACUCCUCCAGUCUGAAACAUCUGAACCUGAGUAACAAUAAACUGAAGGAUUUAGGAGUGAAGCUGCUCUCUGCUGGACUGGAGAAUGCACACUGUAAACUGGAGAUACUGAAGUUGUGUCUGUGUGAUCUAACAGAGGAAAGUUGUAAAGUUCUGUCCUCAGUUCUCAGUUUAAACUCCUCCAGUCUGAAACAUCUGAACCUGGGUAACAAUAAACUGAAGGAUUCAGGAGUGAAGGUGCUCUCUGCUGGACUGGAGAAUCCACACUGUAAAUCCAGUAACAAUGCUAGAGGAAAGGCUGACCUCAGUGUGGUUCCAGUUCUGAUGCUCGUAAAUUUUGUAGGGAAGGGAAGCUACAAGGGGUUAAAUUUCUGCAGUAUUACAGAUGAAGGUUUUACUGCUCUUGCUUCAGCUCUGAAAUCAAAUACAUCAUCACGUCUGAGAGAACUGCAACUGAACCAAAAUCGUCCAGGAGAAUCAGGAGUAAAACUGCUCAAAGAUCUACAGGUGGAUCCACAAUGUAACCUGAAGGAACUACACGUCGCCAGUGGGAGGGGCCGGCACGGGCUUUGCCCAGGGGGCCUUGCGGCCGUGGUGUCCGGGCUUACCGUCAGCGUGUAUCCCAGUGAAGGGGCCUGGGUGGCUGCGGUGAGUGCUGGAUAG